AUUAGAAAUGGCGCACACCAGCGAUGGAUGGGGAGCUCCAUAUGAUAAUCAAACCUACGUCGAAGCUUACGAACAACUGGAAAUUGCACUUUUGGAGCCACUUGAUCGUAUUCUUGAAACGGCAAAUGUUGAAGAGUUUCGUCCAAAGUUCAAAAACCAUCAGGAUCCAAAUGAUAGAAAAAAUAAGAAAAAUAACGAUGAAGAAUGGAGAGAUUCCAUUUAUAAUAUCGCAACGGAUGAAUCGGAUACUGAUGAUCAUGAGCAGAGAAAGAACUUUUUUCAACCACCACUUCAAGUUCAAAGAAACUCAUUCGUUAAGAAUACUCUGAUGGAAUUCAAAAGAUCUUCUCAAAUUGAUAUCAGCCGACUUGCUGUGAUGGGAUGUGGAGAAAUGUCGUUGGAGAAAGGAAUAUGUGAAUAUCUUGGAUCUUUUGGAACUAUCAAUGUUCUUUCUGUCGAUAUUGAUGAGCCUUCGUUGUCUAUUGGACAACAGUUGCUGGGAAAACAUUUGGAACGUAAUGCAGAGAUCUUAGCUGUGGAAACAGGACUUCCAGUGCUGAUGCGAUCAUAUGUCGGAGAUAUUCUUGAACCAGAUCAUCGCUUUGCCGAUGUUGAUGCGAUCGUCUCAAUGGAAGUCGUUGAACACAUCCCUCUUCCAAAUGCGAAAAAAUUUGUCGAAAAUGUUCUGGGGACUUUGAUGCCACGCAUUUUCAUUUUUUCUACGCCAAAUCAUGAAUAUAAUGCAGUAUUUGGAAUGGAGCCUGGCGAGUUUCGACAUGGCGAUCAUAAAUUUGAGAUGAAUAGGAAAGAGUUCUCGAAUUGGCUGGAAGAGCUUUCAAUUCGUUUUCCGCAUUAUCAAAUCGAUCCACCACAUUACAUCGGAAUGACACGUGGCUACGAGAAUCUCAGUGGUGCUUCUCAGGCUGCAGUAUGUCGCCUCCAAGUAGAUCUCAACACAACUCUUCCGCAAGAAGUUACACCAUACGAAAUGGUUGGGCACUUGCCGUGCAGAUUGGGAUCCCGAUUGAUUGCUUAUAAUCUUGUGAAAGAAGCUUUUUUGGAUUGGUUGGAAAAGAUUGAGCUUCAAGAGCACGAACCGAGAACGGACGGCUACUCUCCUUAUUGGAUUUUUAAUGUCCAAAACAUUCUUCAUCAUCUGAAAGCGCCGGUCAGCUUUGCUCUCACUAUUGAUGAAAAAGUAGCAAUAAAAUACAUUCAAGGAAUGACCAGUCGCAAAGUUCAUGCCGAAUAUUCACACGGUUUUAAUGGUAUUGUCAUUUUACAAAUGCAUUCAAAGGAAGAGCUCAUCAAAACGGUUCAAGAUAAUACACUUUAAAAUUGCAUAUUUAUUUUCUCCUCAUUCAUUGAUGUUUAACCGCGUAUUUUUCAUCAGCUUUAUGUUUUUUAUUAUUCACUUCCGAAUGCGAUGUUCUACAUGGAUAAUACAAUUUUAAGUUCAUAAAUGGGUUAUUUAAA